CGGUAAGGCCGCAACAAGGGAUAUUAAAAUUGUUGCAAGAUUCACUACAACAAGCUACAAAGCUAUUUACAUUACAUCCAUCUGAUAAUAGUUGGCCAUCAGGUAUGAAAACUGUUUUUGCCAUGCUUAGAAUUUAG